CUUCCUCCUGAUGAGCAUCUAAGGUUCUUCUUUGCUACGCUGUGGAUCCAGAGUAUCUCCUAGUCCAAGCAGCAGUGUGUACGUGUGGGAACACAGAUGAGAGCAUGGACCUGCUGAUCUGGCUUGAUGUGGCUGUUUUACUGUCACUGUGGCAGGGCACGGAAAGCACGAGGGCCGACAAGGAAUGGACUUAUGCAGGAGCUGCAGGUCAGUCAGAAUGGCCAGGUUUGUUCCCUGAGUGUGGAGGAUCGUCUCAGUCACCCAUCAACGUGGACACGUCCACACUGCAGUAUGACGCAUCACUUCCUGAGUUACAGCCACUGGGAUACGAGCAGUACGGCCACGAACCCUUCACCCUCUCCAACAACGGACAUACAGUGGAGAUGCAGUUGCCGAGCUGGAUGGGUGUAGCUGGUCUGCCAUGGCACUUUAGUGCUGUUCAGCUCCACCUGCACUGGGGAAAUGGAGUGGGUGUGGCUACAGGAAGCGAGCACAGCAUUGAUAAACAGAGGGCUUCCGCAGAGCUCCAUGUAGUCCACUAUAAUUCAGAGUUGUUUUCUAAUAUUUCUGAAGCUAAAACCCAAGAGAAUGGCCUGGCUGUUCUUGCAGUGCUUAUAGAGGCAGGCGAGGAGACCAACCAGGCGUACGCGAACAUCUUGAACUACCUGGGUCGCAUCAGGUACGCAGGUCAGAAGGUGCUCAUUCCUGCGUUCGACGUGGAGUCGCUGCUCCCCAGAGACCGGAGACGAUAUUUCCGUUAUUCUGGCUCUCUCACCACACCUCCGUGCCACCAGAGUGUGUUGUGGACUAUCUUCAUUGAAAAGACAAAGAUCUCUCACUCUCAGUUACUGAAGCUGGAGACGAUGCUGUAUAUUAGCAGUCCUGGCUCUGCUAACCCCAAAAAACUACAGGACAAUUAUCGCACAACACACCCUCUCAACAACAGGACGGUGCUCUCCUCCUUCAUCCCUGUGUCUGCAGACGUCUACACGGCCGGUGAAAUUUCAGCCAUGGUGGUGGGCUGUCUCUGUGGCUGCGUAGGCUUGGCCGUGAUUGUUCACUUCAUAGUAAAGACAAUUCGACAUGAAUGAAGGUGCACAUGUGGCGUCUGACCUGGGAGAUCUUUAUACUGACUGUUACUGCACGAUGAAGAUACAACAUGUGGAAAUAAGGAGCUCAGUGUCUGGAGAAUCGAUCAGUUCCAC